UUUGGAAGAAUGUCAGGAACCAAACAGAUUUUGCCCCUACCAUAAUAUUUAUUUUCCCUACUAUGGUAGUCAGUGGGGGGUGAGAUCUACUGCAAUAUUCCAUUAAAAAAAUUGAGUUCUUGGUGAACAUGAACUUUAAACACCCAUGUAAAAGGUAGGAUAAUGUAGAUGCUAAUAUGCCAGCUGAGUGUUCAUAUCCUGCAUGUGAUUGUGUGGAUGUGCUCUGUAUAGAGGUUAUGAGAAUGUAGACUGGGACUCAAAGUUACCUCCUCGCCACAAACCACCCACAACUACACUGGAAAAAAUGGCUGACCCCGUGAGUCAACGCUUCGUGCUGAAGCGAUACCACAGCAGACCUGAGCUGUGGCAGGCUAUUGGAUCCCAUUGGAACAAACAUCAGUUGCGUGCCACAUUUUACACAAGGAAACCCAUCAGCUUCACCAGUCCAUGUCCAAAAUCAGGCCAUGUACCUUUAUAUUGCGGUACGGUUGGCUCUGAGAACAUGGACAGUGUGGACAUCCCAGAAGAAGACUUCAUCCCUCUGACUGUUCUGCGGACCACAGUGCCUCCUCACACCCCUGCCAGCUACCGAACUACUAUACCUGGUUACACUGGAAAAGCCAAGUUUGACAGACCACAGACCUCAGCUGUCAGUUUCCCUUCUUUACCCUAUACUCCACAAACAGCAGGAAGCUGAGCUCUGUGUCUGCCCUAGAUUUACUGCUCUUCAACGCUCUGCAGAAUGUGGCUACGGCUGGAGGUGUGUGAACCGUGUCUUACAGCAUCACUUAGUAGACCCCAACAUGAC